CGUGCAGCGGCGUUUCCGGGAAGAUGGCGGCUGUCGAAGCGGCUGCGGAGCGGGUAAUGGUGGUGGCGGCUGUUCAGCCAAAGGCGAAAGACGAAGAGGAGGAGGAAGAAGAACCGCUGCCACCGUGCGAGGCGGUGCGCUGGGCCCCAGUGGGGGCUGUGGCGGAGGCCCGGCCUGGGGCAACUGCGUUUCUGGAAGAGGCGGCGGCCGAGGAGCCUGGCGCGGCCCCCGGCUCCCCGCCGGAUUCGCCGGGCCGGACGCUGCGACGGCUGCGGGCCGAGCGGCGGCGGCUGGACUCGGCGCUGCUGGCGCUGUCCUCGCACUUCGCGCAGGUGCAGUUCCGUUUGCGCCAGGUGGUGCGCGGGGCGCCGGCGGAGCAGCAGCGCCUUCUGCGGGAGCUCGAAGACUUCGCCUUCCGUGGCUGCCCUCAUGUCCUGGGUUACGAGGGGCCCGGGGACCCCGCCAGCGAUGAAGGCGAUGGGCUGCCAGGGGACCGGCCACGGUUGCGGGGCGAGGACCAGGUGAGUGGCUGGAGCCGGGCCGCUAGGGACAUGGGAAUAGGGGGUCGUGUGGGUGGCGAUGCAGACCCGGAUGAUGGUGCUGUGAUCAUAGAUGAGUUAAUAAAGAAAUUGGACAUGAAUCUGAAUGAAGACAUCAGUUCCCUGUCCACUGAAGAGCUUCGUCAACGUGUAGAUGCAGCGGUGGCUCAGAUCGUGAACCCAGCCCGAGUCAAAGAACAAUUGGUUGAGCAACUGAAAACUCAAAUCCGAGACCUCGAGAUGUUCAUCAACUUCAUCCAAGAUGAAGUGGGAAGCCCCUUGCAGACAGGGGGUGGACACUGUGAGUGCAAGGCCGGUGGGAAGGCAGGCAAUGGCUGCACCAGAACAGGCAGCAGCAGACCACCUCCAGGAAAUCCCAAAACAAAGGCAGAGGAUGUCAAGAAGGUCCGGGAGACAGGGCUGCACCUGAUGCGGCGAGCGCUGGCAGUGCUCCAGAUCUUUGCUGUUAGCCAAUUUGGUUGUGCCACAGGCCAGAUCCCUCCAACCCUGUGGCAGAGGGGCCAGGCUGACAGAGACUACUCUCCCUUGCUGAAGAGGCUGGAGGUGUCAGUGGACAGAGUGAAGCAGCUAGCUUUGAGGCACCAGCCACACGACCAUGUCAUCACCUCUGCCAGCCUCCAGGACCUCUCUCUGGGAGGCAAGGAUGAGCUGACCACGGCUGUGCGGAAGGAGCUGACGGUGGCUGUGAGGGACCUCCUGGCCCAUGGACUGUAUGCCUCCUCCCCAGGGAUGAGCCUUGUCAUGGCUCCUAUUGCUUGCUUGCUGCCAGCCUUCUCCUCAGCCCCUGAGGCCAUGCAUCCCUGGGAGCUCUUUGUAAAGUACUACCAUGCCAAGAACGGCCGUGCUUAUGUGGAAUCCCCAGCCCGGAAGCUCUCCCAGUCCUUCGCCCUUCCUGUUACAGGAGGCACUGUUGUGACCCCCAAACAGAGCCUACUGACAGCCAUCCACAUGGUGCUGACAGAGCACGACCCCUUUAAGCGCAGCGCAGACUCAGAAUUGAAGGCCUUGGUGUGCAUGGCACUGAAUGAGCAGCGUCUGGUGUCCUGGGUGAACCUCAUCUGCAAGUCCGGGUCACUCAUCGAGCCUCACUAUCAGCCUUGGAGCUACAUGGCACACACAGGCUUCGAGAGUGCCCUCAACCUGCUCAGUCGCCUCAGCAGCCUCAAGUUUAGCCUCCCUGUAGAUCUGGCUGUGCGCCAGCUCAAAAACAUCAAAGAUGCCUUUUGAUAAGAAUGCCCUGACCCCAGUCCAGCUCCUUGUUCACUAGGGAUAGAUGUGUUAGUCUUCUAGCAUAGGAGGGAGGAAUCAAAGGUGGGGUUAAAGGCAUUUUUCCCAGACCCCGCUCAGGCAGUCAGCCAAGUGAGUGCAAAGUCUGUUUUCCCCACCAACGUAGCAUCUUGGAAAGAUGUGCUCGAGACCCUCUUAUUAAGAAGGUUCUCCCCCAGUAUAUGUGAGGGCACAUGUGCUUGAGCCUGUAUUAAAGGAAUCAGGUUGGGCACGGUGGCUCACACUUGUAAUCUCAGCACUGGGAGGCCAAAGUGAGCAGAUCACCUGAGAUCAGGAGUUCAAGACCAGCCUGGCCAACAUGGUGAAACCCUCUCUCUACUACAAAUGCUAAAAUUAGCCGGGUGUGGUGUCGCACGCCUACCCAGCUACUUGGGAGGCUGAGGCAGGAGAAUCCCUUGAGCCUGGGAGGUGGAGGUUGCAGUGAGCCAAGAUCAUGCCACUGUACUCCUACCUGGGUGACACGGAGACUCCAUCUCAAAAAAAAAAGAUAUUCAACUCGAGGCUCCUGUUGGUUGAGCUAUCUUCUUUCACUUGAAGCAGGUUUGAGAGGCCAAGGCCAGAAUUUAAAUUCCUUUUAUGAAUAGAUUUCCCUUUCUUCCUGACCCCAAGGUCAGAGGAGAUUGUAUUCCAUGGCUGCCUCUAAGACUAGGAAUAUCUGAAAAACAACACUUCUAAGGGAGGCAACCACAGGUUGAUUUUAAUAUGAGCCCUUUCUGUUGUAGAUGUAAGAAGUGAGAUCUUCCUGAUCAGGUAGGCCUCUUCUCAUGGCACCAACAAUGGGCUUUCUGUUUAUGAGGAGCAAGAACCCGUGUUUGUUACUAUGUUCUAUAGCAACUCACAUUUCCCUGCUCACCUCCCAGCAAGACUAACACAGUCUUUUUAGAAGUAAAUAUAUUCAAGAUAAACGAGAAAAUCCUUGCCACCCAAGUCAAGUACAAAUCGGUAACCAGCAGCUGUACCUCAGGUUGGUACAGCUGUAACUCAGGUUGGGACUCACUGAGCGCCACUUGUCCUGGAGGCUGGAUGAUGGAGGACACCUGAUCUGGUCAUAGGUCCUGCAGCAGGGAUAGAUACCACAGCAGGACAGGAGCUACAGCAGGUCACUGUUUCCAGACCAGGGGGAGGAGCAUUUCAUUGUGAAAUAGGCUCUAGAGUGGUUUUAUUUGGUCUUCAGUAUUUUAGUCUCAUUAGUCACAUUUGUCCUAUAGCUUGUGGUGAGUACUGCUCUAGGACUGGCCAAAGAUGGGCAAAAUGUAUCACUCCAGACACUACUGAUUCAGCAUUGUGUUCAUGUCUUAAAUUGCCAUCUGCACUUUGUUUCUGCACUAUUAUGUAGUGCAUUUUAACUUAAUUUUUUUUCCAGCAACAUGUUACUUAUUUAAGAUACAUUGUUGAUAUUUUAUUAGAAUUAGUUCCCCUUCCCUGUGAAAUAAGAUAAUUGUAAAAUGUUGUGGAAAAUGAUACAUAUGUGGUUGCUAAUGAAAUCAUAGUAUUUUAUGUAGCUUCUCUGAAGACCUUGGAGACCUGCAGCUUUGGUUUAUAAGUGUUUUGGCAUUAUCAGCCCAUCUGAUCCAGAUCAAUAUGUUUUUGAAAGCUG